UCGGUCUCAUCCUGUUCUUCGUGUUCGAGCCUCGAAGGCAUAGCGGGGGCAAUGUCAAGGUGCUAUAAGGCUCGGCGCAUCCCUGCUGGUCGGUCAUUCCACGCGAAGAAAUUCGAUCGACUCGCGCCGCCCGCUGACAGAGCAUACCAGUCUCGAGUAAUUGCCAUAACGUCUGGGGUUUGGAUCAUCGAUCGCGAUCAACGAUGACGAGGUACAGCUUAUUCGUGUACGCGUGUGCAUUGCUGGUCAGCGUCGAGGCUAUCGGUAGAUACCAAGGUCUGGAGUUUUUGGAACCUUGCUCUAGAAGGGAUCGCAAUCUGGAGGGCUGCCUCGCGAGGUCGGCCAACGCACUCACCGAACACUUCCGUCACGGGUUGCCUCAGUUGGGGUAUCCAGAGGUCGAACCUAUUAUCCUGGACGAACUACACAUCGCACUCGGAGGUGGACCCGAUGGUUACAGAGCGCAAUUCAAAGAUGUGGCUGCGAAAGGGGUUUCGUCGUUGCGAGUAACCGGUCUGAGGGCUAGGUUAACCGACGACGAGGUACAGUUGCAGUUGGCUCUGAGUAUUCCUAGAAUCAGAGCAGCGGCGAAAUACAGAUCCAGCGGUACUUUAAUUCUGGUGAAAGCCAGUGGAGCUGGCGACUAUUGGGGCGAAUACGAGGGCGUCAAGGCCAAAGUCUUCAUCAGAGCGAAGCCCUUCUUAGUUCAGGGUCGUCGUUACUUGAGGCUGCAGCAACUUAAGAUGGAUUUUAGCGUACAGAACAUUAGAAUGGGCGUUGAAAACGUUCGCGAUAGCAACGCCAUUAUACUUGCUGCGCUGAAUUUGUUCAUUAAUACUAAUAGUCAGGAAUUACUUAAGGAGAUGAAGCCGGAUCUUAGACGGAAAUUGGUUCAAGUUAUGACGACCUUCGUCGAAAAGAUCUUCGCUCAAGUACCAUACGACGCUUGGAUCAUGGAUUGA